ACAGCUUCUCUUCCGUCUUUCACUCUCCAUCUCUCUUCCGUCGUUUCCUAAGUCCUUUUCUUUUGUUUGAGAUUCUCUCUUUUCAUCCAUAUACCAAAAAAAAAUAAAAUAAAAUAAAAGUAGAGAUUUUUCAGAAACAAUAUCGCUCGCUCUGUUAGCCUCGUAUCCCAAAAAAAAAACCCACCAUUAAAAUUCUUCUCUUUCGUUCUCUUACCAUUCGAUUUCUCAAUAAUCGUAUUGCAUCCUCUUGUUUCUGCAUGUCCUAGUUUGAUGACACAUCUGACUUCUGCUUUUGUUUUUUUCAUUGAUUGAGUUUUUUUUUUUAUAAGUAUUUGAUCAUUCUUGCGUUGUGCUAUAUUAGAUUACCAUUAAGAUCAUUGUGGCGUAACACAACACAAGUCGUUUUCUUAAGGUUUACGUUUUUUCAUAACCUGAAUGUUAGAGCAUGUGUACGAUCUUGUGAUUGAUAGUUUCUUAUCGUUAAGCUGCCCUUGUUUAACCUAGAAAUCUAUAGAUUUUUUUUUUUUUUUUUUAAAUAACUUCCUUGUAGUAAUCUAAAAAAAAAAAACCAAUACUUGAUUUCGUGAUGAUGAUGAUGAUGAUUAAAAGAUUGAAGCUUUGAGUCAGAAUCUUGGUUUUCGAAAGUUUGUGUGAUUUUAUUUGCCUAGUUAAAAAAAGAUUUGGUUUCGAAUUCUAUAAGACAUGGAGAACAAGUCAGAAGAUGAUGGGAGUAACAUCAAGAAAGACAAGGUCUUUCGAGCUGAUAAGAUUGAUUUGAAGAGCUUAGAUAGACAGCUUGAGAAACAUCUGAGUAGGGUUUGGUCGAGGAAUCUUGAGGCGAAUCCUAAAGCCAAGGAGGAAUGGGAGAUUGAUUUGGCUAAGUUGGAAACAAGUAAUGUUAUUGCUCGUGGAACUUAUGGUACUGUCUACAAAGGCAUUUAUGAUGGACAAGAUGUUGCAGUGAAGGUGCUUGAUUGGGAAGAUGAUGGGUAUGAAACAACUGCCAAGGCCGCUACAAACCGAGCUUUGUUUCGUCAAGAGGUCACUGUUUGGCACAAACUCAACCAUCCAAAUGUCACAAAGUUUGUUGGAGCGUCAAUGGGAACAACAAAUCUUAAAAUAACGUCAGCAGAUUCAAAAAACUCGUUGCCUCAACAAGCGUGCUGUGUGGUUGUGGAGUAUCUCUCUGGUGGAACAUUGAAGCAACACUUGAUUGGUCAUAGGAACAAGAAACUCGCUUUUAAAGCAGUUAUCAAACUAGCUCUUGAUCUCGCCCGCGGGCUAAGCUAUUUGCACUCAGAGAAGAUUGUGCAUCGGGAUGUGAAAACAGAGAAUAUGCUUUUGGAUGGUCAGAAGAAUUUGAAAAUAGCGGAUUUUGGAGUAGCACGAGUAGAAGCACUUAAUCCAAAAGACAUGACAGGAGAAACCGGUUCUCUUGGAUACAUGGCUCCUGAGGUCAUUGACGGUAAGCCAUACAACAGAAGGUGCGAUGUCUACAGCUUUGGGAUAUGUUUAUGGGAAAUCUACUGUUGCGAUAUGCCUUAUCCUGAUCUUAGCUUUGUCGAUGUUUCUUCCGCGGUUGUCUUACAUAAUCUGAGACCAGAGAUACCGAGAUGCUGUCCAACUGCAUUGGCGAGCAUAAUGAAAGCAUGUUGGGAUGGGAAUCCGCAGAAACGGCCGGAGAUGAACGAGGUGGUGACACUGCUUGAACAAGUUGAUACCACUAAAGGUGGCGGAAUGAUACGGGAAGAUCAGAGUCCGGGAUGUUUCUGCUUUGCUCCGGCUCGUGGACCUUGAAAUUCCUUUUCUAUAUCUCUAUUUGGUUGUCUUGUCUCUUGUUUUUUCUUGACGUUGACUAAAUGCCAUUUUUCUUUUUCUCCAAGAAAAGUCUUUUAAACA